AUGGGAAUGAUAACGGCCUUCGGCAUGGCUGGCGAAGGGAGCCCCUCCUAUGAGCAGUUCUCCCAUCUCUACAGCAUUACCAAGUCCAAGUGUGCCGAUCACGGCGGAUGGGUGCAGGCGAACUGUCUCAGGGCUGCCGAUCGUGGCCACUUUGUCAGCUGGGUACCGACUUCGCAGAAGUCGUGGAGUAAGUUGAAGCAGCCGAUCGCAACGCAGGCCGAGAUCCAGCAAGUGGAGAGAGUGAGGAGGAAAGUCCCUGCCGAGAAAAGGGUGUAUCCGCAGUUCCUCUUCACCACCAAUCUGAUUCAGGCCCAGUUGGUCGAUCCUGCCGAGAUGACGGAAGAGAGGAGAGCUGCCGAGGCUAAGAGGAUGAAUGAGUCCUCCAAGCGCCGCCUCAUGAUGGGCUUCCAGGGGAAGAAGAAGAAAAACCAACCGCAAGGCUCGGCAUCGGUAGACCCGGAGGACCAGACUCUGGCUGACCGUCUCCGUCAACUCAACGCCGAUUCGGCACAGGCCGGGGCGGCAACGGUCAGCCCCUCUCCUCGCCGAGGGGCCACUACCGAAGGGACUUCCUCCCGAGCUGCCGGCAAACGACCCUUUACCGUCGACCUAGAUGAGGAGCCUGCCGAUCCCGUCACCCUGGCCUGUCCGCCGAAAACGGUCCAGUUUGUGAACCAUAUGAUCCUUGGUUCGCAAAUGGAGCUGAAUGAGAUCGAGGAGCUGCCGAAGAAGCUCCUUCGAGAGGAGGCAGGUCGCGCCUUCCGUCUUCAAGCAUCGGCCUCGAUGGACAUGUGGCUUUGCAUGAAGCGAGCCAUCAACGCUGUCGAGAAGGCGAAGAAGGCCUAUGAGGACGGUAGGGCCAGGGUUGCCGAGGCAGGCAAAGCUAUCCAGGAUCAUGCGAACCUGGCGAAGGAUUUGCAGGCUACCAAACGGCAGGUCAGGGUUUAUGAGUUCAAGUUCGCAGAUCUGUCGUCAGCCCUGGAGUCGGCACAGCUAUCGGCGAAAGAGGCUUUGGAGGCGAAGGAAGCCAUUGAGGUGGCUCUGGAGGAGUCGGAGCGGGCCAAAGUGUCGAAGGUUGAGGCUGCCGUCUAG